CCCACACCCACACCUACACCCACACCCCACCACACACACCCACACACCCACACCUACACCCACACCCCACCACACCCACACCCACACCCCACCACACCCACACCCACACCCAUCGAUUGGAUCUCUACAUUGCUUCUAUUAUUGCAGUGUGUAAGUUAGAAAAUCUUUUAUGGAAAUGAAUUCGAAAAAUUGUUCGUUAAUGUUUCUAGUACCGGAAAAUACGUCAACAAUUCUACGACAAUUCAUUGUCGCACUAUUCAUUACUCAUGGUGAAACAAAAUUGAAUUCAAUUGGUAAUUUGUUAGCCAAUAGCAAUACCAAUCCUCCAUUUCCACAUGGUUCAUUUCGUGGAGAUUGGUGUCGUACUUUGGUUCGUCGUUCGCGACCAAUAUCAUCUUCAACUCGAACAACAACAACAACAACAACAACAAAACAUUGA